AUGGAUGGUUUGAUUCCGAUGUUUUAUAGAGCGAUGAAGAAAAAUAGAAGGAGAAGGCAAUAUACAGUGCUUUCCACAAAAGCAGAAUCAGAAUCAGAAGGGGAAGCAGCUUCUUUAUCUUUCAACAUUGCUGAUUUCUAUGUGGAUCCGCCUUCUAUCAAAUCUGAGGGCAGGGGUUACCGGAGAUACAACUCAUACGGCGGAUCUACCCCUCAGGAGUGGCGGAGGAGUGGCGUAGCCGCCGGGAAGUCAAGGAGUCAUGGGCAACCACCGGAACAACAGCUUGUUAGGUUCAGAAGCCAGAGGAUUCUGUCCUGCUUGACUGGCCAUUAA